UUGUUGUAUACUAUUCUGGAAGCUCGGGAUUCUCAUGUGAAUAAACAAGCCAAAUAAAGAAAACCCAAAAUAGUAUCAACUUAACGGGAAAGAAAUGCAUACACAACAAUGGCUGAGGCUGCACCACCAGUUGUCCCAAGUGUUGAGUUGCUGGAAUGGCCAAAGAAGGAUAAGCACCGAUUCUUGCAUGCUGUGUAUCGAGUGGGCGACCUCGAUCGCACCAUCAAGUUUUACACUGAAUGUUUUGGUAUGAAGCUAUUGAGGAAGAGGGACAUUCCAGAAGAAAAAUAUUCAAAUGCUUUUCUUGGGUUUGGUCCUGAAGACUCGCACUUUGUAGUGGAACUGACAUACAACUAUGGAGUUGAUAAAUAUGACAUUGGAACUGGAUUUGGACAUUUCGCAAUCGCAAUUCAGGAUGUUUAUAAACUGGUUGAAGACAUAAAGGCCAAGGGUGGAACCGUCACUCGAGAGCCAGGUCCAGUUAAAGGUGGAUCAUCUGUGAUUGCAUUUGUUAAGGAUCCUGAUGGCUACCUUUUCGAACUAAUUCAACGUGGUCCAACUCCUGAACCACUCUGUCAAGUGAUGCUUCGUGUGGGUGACCUUGAGCGUUCUAUCAAAUUUUAUGAAAAGGCAUUGGGGAUGAAACUCUUGAAGAAAACUGACAGACCAGAACAAAAAUACACCAUAGCAAUGAUGGGAUAUGAUGAUGAAUAUAAGACAACUGUCCUUGAGUUGACAUACAAUUAUGGUGUGACAGAAUAUACCAAAGGAAAUGCGUAUGCACAGGUUGCAAUCAGUACUGAGGAUGUAUAUAAAAGUGCCGAGGUUGUGAAUCUUGUAACCCAAGAGCUUGGAGGAAAGAUAACUCGGCAACCAGGACCACUUCCUGGACUGGACACUAAGAUCACUUCUUUCCUAGAUCCAGAUGGUUGGAAAACAGUUCUGGUCGAUCACGCAGAUUUUCUGAAGGAAUUGGAGAUCAAAGAGUAAUGAGCACGGUUGUGAUGAAGGCACUGGAUUUCAAAUCUGGGGUUAAUAGUUUAGCUAUGGUAAAUAAAUAACCCCGGACGAGUAGUAUUUGCCAGUAUUGAGUUUUAAUCCAAGUCGGAAUGCAGUAUUAACUAUGUUUUGAGUACACAGCGAGCUUUUCUCUGAUGUAUUUUACUGCAUUAUCUUAUAAGUACUUUUCAAACUUUUCUCUGAGAUCUAAUCCAGUCAGAAUGAACUGUGUUUAUGUUUA